AUGGCUGCGGCGCCGGGGCUGCUUUUCUGGCUGCUCGUGUUCGGGCCGCCCUGGCCGGGGUCGGGCCAGCCAGACCCGAGCAUCGAUCGGCGCUUUUCGGAGCACAAACUCUGCGCGGACGACGAAUGCAGCAUGUUAAUGUACCGGGGUGAGGCUCUCGACGAUUUCACAGGCCCAGACUGUCGUUUUGUGAAUUUUAAAAAAGGUGACCCUGUGUAUGUGUACUAUAAGCUGGCAGGGGGAUCACCUGAAGUUUGGGCUGGAAGUGUUGGGAGAAUUUUUGGAUAUUUUCCAAAGGAUUUAAUCAAGGUUGUCCAUGAAUAUACUGAAAAAGAACUGCGAAUUCCAGCAGAUGAGACAGAUUUUGUCUGUUUUGAUGGGGGACAAGAUGAUUUUGAUAAUUAUAACAUAGAAGAACUUUUAGGAUUUUUAGACUUGUAUGAUUCUGCAACUGGAGAUUUAGAACAAAGUGGGAAACAUAUGUCUCCCCCUGGGGAAAAAGUUCCCACAGUAUCCAAGGAAAGUGGACUUGAACCUGAACCAGUAGAAGCCAAUGCAGAGACAAAUGAAAGCAUGAGCUCCGAAAACACUAAGGAUCCUGAAGAUCCAUUUGUGGCUCAGAAGAACCCUGUUCCUUCAAAUAGUGAGGCGCAUGCCACUCAAGAGGACCCAUCUCCAUUUGAACCUUUUGAAGAAAUGUUACAAGAUCCGUUAAAAGGGCCAAAAAGUGAGAACAACAAAACCAGCAACAGUUCUCAGGCUUCUAGUGGACAGGAGAAAAUGGAUGCAUAUAAGCUCUUAAAGAAAGAGAUGAGUCUGGACUUGAAAACCAAGUUUGGCUCCACUGCUGAUGCGCUGGUAUCUGAUGAUGAGACGACAAGGCUUGUCACGUCCCUGGAGGAUGGUUUUGAUGAGGAGCUGGAUGCAGAGUACUACACCAUCGAGAAGGAAGAAGAGGAUGACAGCGAAGACUUCGACACGCUCCCAUUGCUGACCUUCACGAGUGGAGAAGAUGACAGCACUCCAGCGAUGUCUGGAGUUGAGAAACACUCAACAGAGAAAGAGCAGCCUGCAAGCACAGAGCACGAGGUUGAGUUGACUCUGCCCCCUGACUUCGGAAACGACGAUACGAAUAUACUGACGGACUGGGGCGACACUCUCUUCUCUAUUGUCACAGGGGGCAAAGAAAGACCAGGUCUGAGGGAUUCAGAGGGUUCUAAUUCAGAGGAAGAAAGGAAAGAAGAUGAUGACACAUUAGGCCCAGAGAGCAAGCAGGAGAAACCACCACCACCACCAGAUCCUGUUGCCCUUGACGUUGUAGGAGACAGUCCUUUGAGUGCACAAGUACCCAACAGCAGUCCUGGAAAGGACUCAGAAAAUGAUCCUGAUCUUCACCUGGAAGGGAUAGGGAAACAAGUUCAGGAAUCUCAGAAGGCCCUGAAGCAAGAGAUGGCUGAUUCAGAAAACAAAGAGCAGGAUGGGUUGGCUGUGUACAGGCCUGCUGAAGUCAGCGAGCCCAGCUCUUUGCCAGACCCUGAGAAGGGUAAAGACAUAUUAAAAUCAACCUCUGAGAACAAAGAAGAUGGCUUAAAUGAAGUAACUGUUCGUAUCUCAAAAGACACGCCCCACAAAGUGAGAACUGUGGAAGAGAUUCUGACAGGUGGUGCUGACAAUGAAUCUGCACACGGUGCUCAGGGGAGUCAAAGGAGCGAGGAAACGAGCAAGGAGGAAUCCUCAGUGGUGGCUCCGCUCCUGGGGGAUGCUCAGCACAGUGUGUCUGUGGGAGAUCCGGAGGAAGGAGAGGCUUCCAUGAAUCUACCCGAGCCUCACUCACUGUCGGUGGAACAUCCACAGGCGGAAUUUAAAGACCCAGAUGCCAAGAUACAGGAUCAAGCCAACUCCUCCAGCUCUCCAGUUGGAGUGCCUUUUCCAGAAAAAUGGGGAGAAGAGGUUCCUGUUCUGGGAACAAAUGUCUCUUGGGAACAAGACGGUGAUGGCGCUGCUGCUGUUAUUAUGCAGGAGAAAGAGAAGAUGAAGCUCGCUGGGGAUGAGGGCCAAGAGGACGCCACGCACACAGAGUUGCCUCAUCACAAGACGGUGCAGGGCACCCAGGAAGUGGGAAAGACAGACCCAGCUGCUGGUGCACAAAUACCAGGCUUCCAGAUGGAAAAGGCAGGUGCUGAAGAGGAUAACUACCUAUUCGAAGAGCUCCUGGAAGAUGAAAAUGCUCUAAGUGCAAGACAGGCUAAGGAAGAAGGUCUUGCGACUCAGGACAGGAUAUUCGAUGUCAGUCUGCAGGUGCCUGAAGUGGUAGUUUUAGGAAUAGCUAAGCCUGAUCCCCAAGCUCAAGCAAACAAGCAAGAAACUCAGAUGAUUCCGGAGGCUGAAAGCAAAAGUGAACCUGCGGCAGAAGGAGUAGGUGGGCUGGGUGGGGAACCCAGCAGGAUGGGCCUGGCAAAGGAAGAAAGGCCGCGGGUUGCUGAGGAAGCUCAGAGCUCUUCUGAAGUCAAUGACUUUCCUGAUCACCAAACUCAGCCUCCAGAGUCAGGCCAAGUGUUUCAGCAAAAACACGCUGCUUUCUUGAAGCAAGACCACCCCCAGGAGCAGCCGAAGAGCACAGAGCUCUCACAGAAAGUCGGCAGGGAAACAGGCUCUGAAGAGGAUGCUGAGGACGGGGAGAAAUUUGUGGAUAAGGAAAACCAGGGCUCUGCUUCUGAGGUGCUUGAAGAUGACCUGUUCCCGGGGAGCCCCCAGAUGCCUGCAGGGCCCGGGCUAGGGUCAGGUGGCCGCAUUGAGGACCUGCCCAUAAUAAGCAGCUUCUUUAAAGACGAGCAGUCUUUGCAACGCUUCCAGAAGUACUUUGAUGUCCGGGAGCUGGAAGCCAUGCUCCAUGAAAUGGCAUUGAAGCUGAAGUCGGUCCAGCAGGAGAGCCUGCCCUAUAAUGUGGAAAAAGUCCUCGAUAAGGCCUUCCGUGUCUCAGAGUCGCACAUUCUGAGCGAAGCUGAGAAAAUGCUUGAUGCUCGAGUGACCGAAAAUAGAGAUCUGGGAGUGAAGGAAAAUAACAUAUUUGAAGAGGCUGCAGUGCUGGAUGAUAUUCAAGACCUGAUCUAUUUUGUCAGGUACAAGCACUCUGUGGUGGAGGAGUCGGCCCCGCUGAUAACAGCCCCACCUGCUGAGGAAAGCUGGGGAGGACCCACAGAAGAGAUACAACCACCUCCUGAGGCUGGCUUCCCACAGGAGAGUGUGGGAGACCUUACUGUGCAGCUUCCUGAAGAGCCCGGUGGCUUGGAUCAACCCGUGCCUGGGGACACAAGUACCUCAGAAAAGCCAGAGCUGGAGGAGCCACCGAGUCCUGAGGAAGACUCAGGUCCAGGGCUGAUUGCAACGGAAGGCACUCCUGUGAAUGCUGUGGAUGUGCAAAAGCAGCCAGAGACCAAGGAGGAGGAGUCAGCAAGUGCUACGCCUGUGGAAAAUGCAGUUCUUUUCACAUAUUCAUUCUUGCUUUAUGUAAGCAACACGCUAGUUGCCACGCUGCCCGAUGGGGUCCAGCCGGGACCUGAUUUUCAUGGACUGCCCUGGAAACCUGUUCUUCUCACUGCCUUCCUGGGAAUUGCUUCCUUUGCUGUUUUCUUCUGGAGAACCAUCCUCGUGGUAAAAAAUAAAGUAUAUCAAGUCACUGAACAGCAGAUUUCUGAGAAAGUGAAAAAUAUCAUGAAAGAAAAUGCAGAGCUUGUACAGAAAUUGUCUGAUUACGAAAAAAAGAUCAAAGAGUCUAAGAAACAUGUUCAAGAAACCAAGAAACAAAAUAUAAUUCUCUCUGAUGAAGCAGUUAAAUUUAAGGAUAAAAUCAAGCGUCUUGAAGAAAGUAAUCAAAUUCUGGAUGACACUGCUAAAAAUCUUCGUGUUAUGUUAGAAUCUGAGAGAGAACAGAAUGCCAUGAAUCAGAACUUGAUACUGGAAAACAAGAAGUCUAUAGAGACUUUAAAGAAUGUUAUUUCAAUGAAUGCUUCAGAAUUUUCAGAGGUUCAGAUCGCCCUUAAUGAAGCUAAACUUAGUGAAGAGAAGGUGAAGUCUGAAUGCCACCGAGUUCAAGAAGAAAAUGCUAGGCUUAAAAAGAAAAAAGAACAGUUGCAGCAGGAAAUUGAAGAUUGGAGCAAAUCACAUGCGGAACUCAGUGAACAAAUCAAAUCAUUUGAGAAAUCUAAGAUAGAUACGGAAGUAGCUCUUACUGACAAAGAUGGUGAUGUCAAUGCUUUGACUAACUGCAUUACACAGCUGAAUCUGUUAGAGAGUGAAUCCGCAUCUGAUUGUCCAAGUAGAGGAGGAAAUGAGUCAGAUGAAUUAGCCAAAGGAGAACUAGGAGGCAACCAGAGCGAGAAGAUGAAGAAUCAGAUUAAGCAGAUGAUGGACGUCUCUCGGACACAGACUGCAAUAUCAGUAGUCGAAGAAGAUCUAAAACUUUUACAAAGUAAGCUGAGAGCCUCCAUGUCCACUAAAUGUAACCUGGAAGACCAAAUUAAGAAAUUACAAGAUGACCACAGUUCCUUGCAGUCUACCAAAGCUGAACUGGAAGACGAGUGCAAAACACUAAAGCAGAAAGUGGAGAUUCUGAGUGAACUCUACCAGCAGAAGGAGAUGGCCCUGCAAAAGAAGCUGAGUCAGGAAGAGUACGAGCGGGAAGACAGGGAGCAGCGGCUGUCAACGGCAGAUGAAAAGGCGGCUUUGGCUUCAGAAGAAGUAAAAACUUACAAGCGAAGAAUUGAGGAAAUGGAGGAAGAAUUGCAGAAAACGGAGCGCUCUUUUAAAAACCAGAUUGCUACUCAUGAGAAAAAAGCUCAUGAAAAUUGGCUCAAAGCCCGUGCUGCAGAAAGAGCUAUAGCUGAAGAGAAAAAGGAAGCUGCCAACUUGAGACACAAAUUACUGGAAAUGUCUCAGAAGAUGGCAAUGCUGAAGGAAGAACCUGUGAUUGUAAAGCCCAUGCCGGGACGACCACAUCCACAGAACCCUCCGCGGAGAGGUCCCCUGAGCCAGAACGGCUCUUUCGGCACAUCCCCGGUGAGUGGUGGAGAAUACUCCCCUCCACUGCUGGCGGAGCCACCCGCGAGGCCCCUCUCAGCUACCCUCGGUCGGAGAGACGCGCCUAGAAGUGAAUUUGGAUCAAUGGAUGGGCCUUUCCCUCGUCCUCGGUGGCCAUCGGAGGUGCCUGGGAAACCCCCUGCCUCUGACCCAGGAUCUGGCUCGACACCCGUGUUAAAAAGCAGCUCCAGAGGCUCUUCCCCUACUAAAGGGAUGGACGAGGGCAAGGUAAGCACUUGGAAUGAGCCUGGAGGCCCCUCAGCUCCCAGCACCGCCUCUGAGCAUCCAGUAGCAGUUAAUAUGGUGACAAAAGGACCCCCUUCUUUCCCAGGGGUGCCUUUCAUAGGCCCUCUACCACCACCCAUUCGAUAUGGACCACCUCCUCAGCUGGGCAGGCCUUUUGUGCCUCGACCGCCUCCACCAUUCGUUCCUGCUAUGCGUCCACCACUAGGCUUAAGAGAAUAUGCACCAGGCAUUCCACCUGGAAAACCGGAUCUGCUUUUUGACCCUCGGGAAUUUAUACCAGGACACCCACCCUUUAGACCUUCAGGUCCUCCUGGCCCAAGAGAGUAUUUGAUUCCUGCUACCAGGUUACCACCGCCACCCCAGGAUUAUGCACCAUCAGCUGCUGCAAGAGACUUACUGCCUUCAGGUUCCAGAGCGGAGCCUCCACCUGCUUCUCAAAGCAGUAGCCAGGACUGUUCACAGGCUUUAAAACAGAGCCCGUAACUGUGACCUCUGACGUGCAGUUGGGGAGCAGCGGACUGUGCACUCUUCGUUACAGUAAGGAGUUCAGUGACUUCAGAAUCCAGAAGUUUGUUUUAAAAGGUUUAUAGAGAACUGUGCUGCCUUGGCAGUGUGCAUUUUUGAGCCAAACAAUUCAAGAAUACCAUUUUCUCCCCUAAAAUUCAUCUCUUAAGCUAGAACAUCCUUUCGACUUUAAAAUGUGCAAUAAAGAAUACCUGUGUUUUAGUUAAUGUAGCAUAUGUAAUUGCUAAAUGAUUUACAAUGUCAUGAAAAAUAUGAACAUUUCCUGUGGAAAUGCUUUAAGAACGUGUAUUUCCAUUAUCCUAUUUUUAGUGUACACCAGUUGAAUACAGAGCAAUGGUGUUUAUAAGAUUGAUUUUUUAAACAAAAAACCUGGUCACAAAGACUGUUACACUAAAAGUGUUUACUAAAAGAUCACCAAACUUUAUUUUCCCCUCUUGCUCAAGUUCUUUGUAGUAAUAGUUCAUAAAAACUUGUUUAUUACUAUAUUCUAAGCGUCCGUUGAUUCAUUGGAUUGUCAGAAGACUGCAUCAUUUAGCACA